AUGACUACUAGAAUUAGCCCUAUUCUUAGUAGACUUGUCUCUGAUAACCAAUCAGCCUUUGUUCCUAAGAGAUCUAUUGCCCACAAUAUCAUGUUAGCUCAUGACCUUGUUAGGAACUAUCAUGUUAACUCUGGGACUCCUAGGUUCCUGCUCAAAAUUGAUCUAAAAAAAGCUUAUGACUCCAUAAACUGGGACUUUGUUGAGGAAUCCCUUUUAUUCCUUAAUUUUCUUGAUAAUAUCAUUAAGCUCAUUAUGGAGUGUAUUAAAUCUUCCAGUUUUUAUGUAAAUUGGAAUGGCUCUGAUGGUGAUUUAUUUAAAGCUAGUUGUAAAUCCUCAAACUUAAAUCGUCUUAUGUUUGCUGAUGAUCUUCUUUUAUUCUGUCAUGGUGAUAUAGAGUCUAUAAACUUUCUGAACAAAAAUCUUUCCCAUUUCAAAGACUCUUCUGGCCUUGAAAUUAACCCUAACAAGAGCCAGGUUUUCUUCUGUAAUGUGAAGGACAAUGUCAAGGAUAGGAUCAUGAGUACUUUAGGGUUCAAACAAGGCAUCCUUCCCUUAAGAUACCUUGGUAUCCCCCUGAUUACCACUAGGUUGUCUAAGUCUGAUUGCAAAGGUAUUACAGAUAAAAUAACUAGCAGAAUUAUAUCUUGGACCUGCAAGUUUCUCUCUUAUGCUGGAAGGCUUCAAUUAAUUCAAGGGACGUACAAUGCGCUGGUUUCUUGGAAUGAGAUAACCAAAACCAAGACAGAAGGAGGCCUGAGUAUAAAAAGUAUGGGGGACUGGAACAAGGCUGCCAUUGCUAAACAUGUCUGGUAUAUUCUGAAUGACUUUGACUCUCUCUGGGUCAAAUGGAUAAAGAACAACAAGCUCAAGAGGAAUAGCUACUGGGGUGCCAAAGCUAACUAUAAUUCUAGUUGGAUUUGGAGAGGCCUGAUUGGGAUUAAAGACAAAAUUCAAAAAGUUGUCUCUUACAAGACUGGUGAUGGGGCUAAUACUGUGUUCUAG